CUUAUUGUAAGUCGACUAUCAAGAACCUGUAAUAAACAUUUCCCACGUGAAAUUAUAUGUCCCAGUGCAGGGAACCCCGCCUUGCUAAACACACCAUGGAAACAAAAUCCUGCGCUUCCCAAUAACAGGAGACCCGCCUCUUGCCCUUUACCAUUGGUUUAAUGGCAAAGCUUUCGGACCAGCCCCCAAACCCUGAUUGGACAGAAGCCCCUGCAAUCAGGAAAGCAACACGGAAAGAUAAAAAAAAAAUUAGGGAGCGAAGCCUAAUCGGAUCGCGUCAGUUACAUGUUGCUGCGUAGUUUUUAGUAGAUAAAAUCCCCACGGUGCCUCCGGAAAAGCAGAAGAGUGGAGAGCGCAGAGCGCGCAACCAAGAACAAGGAGCAGUAAUACAAUGUUUUCAAAGGGUUUUAUAAUCGCACUGUUCAGAGGAGGGCCAGGUAUGUUUUUCCGUUUCCAAGGGCUGCCUUGCUGAUGUCACCGCGGAGGAGGGCAGGAAAAGAGGACAGGUGCGCAGAGUAAAGUUAGCGCUUCAAUAGCCUUGGAUGAAGAACUGUCAUUGCGCGGAUAAAUACUCAAAAGCAGGUUUAUUUUCGUUUAGUAAUCAGUUUUUGAACUUUUACAAUGGUUUCUGGGCAGUGUUAUCCAUUUCGGCUGGCGAUUUUUUUGGUAUAUAUUACUCCAAGCUUUUGAACCGAAACGCUCUGGUGCGCACGGGACUGCUCUGCGUUGUUAUCUCGUAGUUUAAAGGCGUAGAGGACGCUUUUUUGAACGCGCGCGGUACACCGAGGUUUUGGGAUCGAGACGCCCCAGCAUCAGAACCAGCACUUUCCGCUUCAAUGCGACACUGACGCAGCUGGUCUCGCGUCCCCAGUCGCAGACAGGUGAUGCUCUAUUCAGUGGAAGGACUGAUUGUCAGCAGAAGGAGUUUGAUGUGAAAAGACUUGUUUCCCUGGAAUGGAAUACUACACAAGGACGCAGCCCCAACUUUAAUCUGCAAUGAUUUUUCCGUGCGUCAUUGCGUCUUAGGAUCAGUAGCGGGUCUUGCGCUGAAGGACAGUCGUUCUUGGACUUUCUUUCAGAUUUACAAGCGCUAACAACAAUGUCCAAAACACUGAAAAAGAAGAAGCACUGGUCCACAAAAGUGCAGGAGUGCACCGUGUCGUGGGGGGGUUCUGGGGAGUUGGUCACGAUAGUUGAGGUACGAGGCGGCGCUGAGCUGGGAGAGUUCCCCCACGUCGGACACAUAGUUUCGGAGGCGAUGGUUUGUCACGCGGGGAGGUUUCCCAGCAGCGGGGACGUGCUGCUGGAGGUGAACGGCACUCCGGUGAGCGGACUCACCAACCGAGACACCCUGGCUGUCAUCUGCCACUUUCGGGAGCCCAUCCGCCUGAAGACUGUGAAACCAGGUAAGGUGUUGAAUACUGAUUUGCGUCACUACCUCAGUCUGCAGUUUCAGAAGGGCUCCCUGGACCAUAAGCUGCAGCAGGUGAUCAGGGACAACCUGUACCUGCGCACCAUUCCCUGUACCACUCGGCAGCCCAGAGAGGGGGAGGUUCCCGGGGUGGACUACAAUUUCAUCAGCGUGGGGGAAUUCCGUGAGCUCGAAGAAAACGGAUUGCUGCUGGAGAGUGGCACCUAUGAUGGAAAUUACUAUGGGACCCCUAAGCCCCCUGCAGAGCCCAGCCCCGUGCAGCCGGACCUGGUAGACCAGGUUCUGUUUGAUGAGGAAUUUGACACGGUGGUGCAGAGAAAACGCACAACCUCUGUCAGUAAGAUGGACAGAAAGGACGGCGCUGCUCCAGAGGAGGAAGAGGAGGAAGAGAGGCCUCUGAUGGUCAAUGGCAUGGCUGAUCACAAGGACAAGGCGGAGUGGAGGAAGACAGUGCCCAGCUACAACCAGUCAGCUGGGGCCAUGGACUUGCGUGUAUGGAACACACAGGAUGAAAGUCAGGAGUCCUUACCUAAAAACUGGGAGAUGGCCUACACUGAGACUGGCAUGGUCUAUUUCAUAGAUCACAACAGCAAGACCACUACCUGGCUGGACCCCCGCCUUGCCAAGAAGGCCAAGCCUCCAGAGAAAUGCGAGGAAGGAGAGCUGCCCUACGGCUGGGAGAAGAUUGAGGAUCCCCAGUACGGCACCUACUAUGUAGACCACAUCAACCAGAAGACCCAGUUUGAGAAUCCAGUACUGGAAGCUAAGAGAAAGCUGAGUGUGGACACAGACACCAUGGUACCGCCGCCGACAUCCACACCGUCAGAAGAGCCUGGCAAGGGAGUUCGGGGCUUCACACGGGAUCCAUCUCAGCUGCAGGGCUCCAUCCUGCAGACAGAACUUAGAAAAAGUCCCCACGGCUUUGGGUUUACCAUCAUCGGGGGAGACCGACCCGACGAGUUCCUUCAGGUCAAAAACGUCCUUCCAGAUGGGCCUGCCGCACAUGACAACAAGAUCGCCUCAGGUGAUGUGAUUGUGGACAUCAAUGGGACAUGUGUGCUGGGGAAGACUCAUGCUGAUGUGGUGCAGAUGUUCCAGUCCAUCCCGGUCAACCAGUACGUGCAGAUGGUCCUGUGCCGGGGCUACCCGCUGCCUGAGGACUCCAGCAGCAAUGAGGAGGUGUCAGGAGGCCUCAGCACCUCUAAGGACACUUCCCCUUCCCCCUCUACCUCCACGCCCCAGGACCUUCAUUACACAGUCCAAGAUGGAGGAACCCUCUCCAGACAGACCGCUGCAGUGCAACCUAUGACCAACGGAGGGCGCCACCACCACCAUCCUCAUCCUCACCAGCACCACCACCACCUUCCUCAUAUGCCCAGCCAAGAGGGCCCUGACCCCACUCUGUUACAGCCAGAGCUGGUGAGCGUGCCGCUGGUGAAAGGCCCCGGGGGUUUCGGCUUCGCCAUCGCUGAUUGCCCCUUAGGCCAAAAGGUGAAGAUGAUCCUGGACGCCCAGUGGUGCCGCGGCUUGUUGAAGGGUGAUGUUAUCAAGGAGAUCAACAGACAGAAUGUCCAGACGUUGAGCCACUCUCAGGUUGUGGACAUUCUCAAAGACCUGCCUGUGGGCAGUGAGGUCAAUGUGCUGGUGCUUAGAGGAGGUCAGACAUCUCCAGUGAAAUCACUAAAACCAGGCACAGCUCCCAUGCCCCAAACCAUAUCACAGCCUGCUCCUCAACAGGCCCCUCAUCCCAUACCCCAGCAGCUGCCCCAUCCGUACUCCCAGCCAGCGGCGCAUCGACAGGAGGCCAUCAGCAGCGCAGAGAACCUCGGUCAGCCCGAGAUACCCUCCAAUCCACCCCCCAUCUCAGCGAACACUCUGCGCUCUUCUUCGCCCAAACCGGACGCGUCGGACCUUUACCUCAAGUCCAAGGCCAUUUUGGAUAGUAAGCCUGCUAAUACCAAGGACCUGGAUGUGUUCAUCAAAAGGAACCAGGAGUCAGGCUUUGGCUUCAGAGUCCUCGGAGGCGAGGGGCCAGAUCAGCCGGUAUACAUUGGUGCCAUUGUGCCGCUUGGUGCAGCUGAGAAGGAUGGGCGCCUGCGGGCAGGGGAUGAGCUGCUUUGUAUAGAUGGCGUGCCAGUCAAGGGCAAAUCCCACAAACAAGUGCUGGAGCUGAUGACCAAUGCUGCCCGUAAUGGCCAAGUCAUGCUCACAGUCCGCAGGAAGCUGCCACACUUAGAUGGUGGUGCAGUGGAGGAGGGCAGUCAGCUGCCCGAGUACGUAGCAUCUGCUCUGAUCAACAACUCUCCCAAGAUGCCUCGUGUCGAGGGGCCAAACGCCGUCCAGCCCUCCCAGACCACUCGGCCAGAGUGUUUCGAUGUUACUCUGCAGCGCAAAGACAAUGAAGGCUUUGGCUUUGUCAUUCUCACGUCCAAGAAUAAGCCCCCACCUGGAGUGAUACCUCACAAGAUUGGCCGUAUUAUUGAGGGCAGCCCUACAGACCGUAUAGGACACAUGAAGGUGGGAGACCGUAUCUCUGCUGUCAACGGCCAGUCUAUCAUGGAGCUGUCACACAACGAUAUAGUACAGCUCAUCAAGGAUGCCGGCAAUUCUGUCACCCUCACUGUUGUGCCUGAAGAUGACAGCACUCCUCCAUCUGGAACAAAUUCAACCAAGCAGAGCCCUUCAGCACAGCACAGAGCUGUGGGCCAGCAGACCCCCAGCUAUGCAGACAGUAGGAAUGGUGACAGUGAAGUGAAGAACCACAUCCCACAGACAGAAAUGGGUACCCUCAUCACAUCAGGCCCUAAGCAGGGCUGUUUUGUGGUGGAGCUAGAGCGCAGCCAGCGGGGCUUUGGCUUCAGUCUGCGAGUGGCUGAGGACGGACCUGCUCUUAAAGACGGCAGGAUACAUGUUGGAGAUCAGAUAGUGGAGAUCAAUGGCGAGGCCACACAGGGCAUCACACACACUCGGGCAAUUGAGCUGAUCCAAGCAGGAGGCAACAAAGUUCAUCUGCUGCUCCGACCUGGCCAGGGCUUGGUCCCGGAUCAUAGUUCAAAGGACAAAGUAACCAUUCCGACCUCAAGCUUUCCCAGACUCUCUGGAUCUGAUGGGCAGUCAUCUUCAGUCUCUCCAUCCUCUGUCUCCCUGUCUACCUCAGAAAUAUCCCCAUCUUCACCCAAAAUAUCUGCGCCUGAUGACUUCUCUGGGGUGGACUCUAGGGCAUCUGGGUCCCCUGGCGCUGGGUGGGAGCACAGUAGGCAAGCUAACCAAUCAAGAGGACAGCAGCUCUCUCAGCACAGCCAUAAGCGCACCGCCAGCCCCAGCAACCAGUUCAGAAAGACGAGCAGUAAUGACUCCAAAUCUGCUAGUUCCAGAAGAGCCACUGAAGAGCACUCCCAGAGCCCUAGAAAAACAGAGCAAGGCCACAGCGGAUCUUUGGAAGAUAUGAGUAAGGAGAGAAAAGCUCAAGGGCAGAGAGGCCACCAUCGCUCCUCCAGCCCCAGGAAGGACCCCAAGAGGGAACAUGAUCCUGCAGUGCCUUUGAAGAACCUGGAGGAGCCCCAAAGCCCCAGGCGUCCAGCUGGCCAGCAGCCCAGCAUUAUCUCUGGAGAAGGGAAAAACUGGAGGUACAAGGAGGAGGACGCGGCUUACUGGCAGGACAGGGGGGCUACAGAGAGUGAAGAUAAAGGUUGGGGCAACAAUGAACGCCACAAGAAGGGCAAAAGAGCUGAGCAAGAGGCAGUGGCACAAAAAUCCUCUUCCCAUGGGGAGGGGGUGGGGUCUGAUGCUGACAGUGGCACCCUGAGCCAGAGGAGUGGAAGAGAUAAGGGGCCUAAAGACUAUACGGAGAAUAAGUACCACGGGCCAGCUGACGAAGUGAAUAGAAAGGACCCCAGAGGCUCGAGCAGCAGCAUGCAGGACCCCAGCUCCAAUGGGAUCACUGCCAGCAAGAAAGCUCCCAUCACCCCCGGCCCAUGGAAAGUUCCCAGCACCACCAAGAUCCAGUCCCAACUGGACAUAGCGUACGCAGAUGUCUGAUAACUUUCUGGGACUGUCUGUGUACAGUAUAUGAAGAGAAAACUGAGCCUCUGGAAGGUGGACAUUCAGAAUGGAAGGAUAAUUUUAACAAUCUCAGACAAAGCAGACCACUGUGUAACCAUCAGCAUAGCUUCUCAUUACUUAUGAAGGGUUUAUUCUACUCAGUUUGCCUCGGUCAGUUUGCAUCUCAUCUGACAUGCAAGCUUGUACCUACAUGAGUAUUUAUACCGGUGGAUGAAGUGUGGAUGUGUUUGGACGUGACACUGAAGUCUAUUUUGUGCCAAUCAGACUCCGGUGAUAAAGAAGCUGCUUCAUAUUGCACUCACUGUGAGACUGUUUGUGGGUAAUUUCUCCAUUUACCCGCUUCAGUGAAGGAUCCUAUUUUAUUUUAUUUUUGUUUUUGUCACUUUAAAGGUUUAAGGCAUAUUCAUGCAAUCACUCGGCUUCUCUUCCCGGCCAGAUUGAGUCACUGUUGCCGUCACUCGUGGAUGCACUGAAGAGGGAGGCUGGUGAGUUUCUCUUAUAAUCAACUGCAAAGGGUGACAGAGUGUUUAGUGUUUUUGAGCGUCUGACUAGAGUUGUGAACCGCCUGUGUAUGAAGGCAUUCAUACACGUGUGAAGACUGUGAAACACUCUGAUCCCAUUAGCUUAUCAGGUGGACUGACUACCACUGAGCUUUAUAUAUGCAUCAAUCAGCAGACCAGAUACUUGUGGUUAUAGUUAUGUUUGUAACGUGUGUUAAGAAUAAAGCAUAAUGUAAUUUAUUGAACUCAUGUGUGAACAAAACCAUUAGUGCACAUAUCCAUGCUGAGUCAUUUCACUUUUGAUGCUGACUUAAAGAUAGAAUGUGUAGAUAGGCAUUACAGUCUAAAAUAAUAACAGUAUAUAAACUGCACUCUAUACAUUCUGUCUUUAACAUUUCAUGAUCUGUAAAGAGUCACAUGAGCCUGGUUCAUAACAUCUAAGAUCUGUAUUUUAGGUCCUCUGUCUAUGCGCGUCGGUGUGUAUACAAGCUGACUGGUAGGCCUGUGUAUUUUAGAUAUUGCUGUAGCAUCAACUGUACUUAAUCUGACACAUGUUAUUUAACAAGAUGAUUAUACAUAUUGACACAUAAUUUAGAUGAGACGAAUUAACAGAGUUUGAUUGUAAGAACUUGCUUAAAAAUUUAAGAGAUACUUGUAUUUUUAUCAUCAAAAUUGUACGCACAAAACAUUUUUUCCUCAUUCUAUUUUUGGUCAGAUUUCUUACUUUAGUACAUGCUCCUUUAAUGUGAGAAAACAAAUAGUAUGUGCAUUAUUUGCUUAACUUUAUCGUUAACAACAUCAUGGCUGUCAUGUCUGUGUUAAAAGUAAAACCAGACUCCCAAAGAAUGCUGUCAUUUUUCAUAUGGUGCAUAGUGCGGAAAUGACAUGACUCUUUCUUUGGGAGGCCUGUUUGAAAUUAUACUAUAAAGGUUAUCAAAUUUAAUUAAGCCCCAAAUAUAUAUAUUUCUAAUAUAAACUUAUUGGGCUCUCCCUGCUCUGAAGACAAAAUGUAUUGUUUCAAUGUUGCUGCUGUGGAGUACAGAGACAUCUAGUGGUUCUUACACGACCACUCACCAACUAGUCCUCCCUUGAGAAGUACCCUCAUCAGCCCGCCUGUGCAACACAUGCAUCUCUUGGUCUGUGAGACCACUUACUAAUUUAUUGUCCACUUUAAUGUUGAAUGACAGGCUACGGUAUUAUUUACUGUUCAUGCUGUUACCAUGUUUGAUACUGUGGCCUUGUAUUGAUCCAGCAUAUGAUAAAGUAAUCUUUCACUUUUGUCAUCCUGGUAGUUGUAAAGGUUUAUAAAAUGUACAGCUCCUGUAUAAAUAUUUGCCUUCAUGCAGAAAAAAAUCCUCUGUAAAUCGUUUCAUUAUUUUUUUAAGGGAACUGAGAGGAAAUUGUAUAAAAGUGGUGAAAAAUAAUGUGGUCAUGGCAUUCUGUUCAUGCACUGAUAAAUAAAG